CUCUGCAGGCAAAGAUGGCGGUGCGGAAGAAAGACGGCGGCCCGAAUGUAAAAUAUUUCGAAGCGUCUGAUACCGUUUCUCAGUUUGAUAAUGUCCGCGUCUGGCUGGGAAAGAAUUACAAAAAGUACAUCCAGGCUGAGCCCCCCACCAAUAAGUCCCUGUCCAGUCUGGUGGUCCAGCUGCUUCAGUUCCAGGAGGAGGUGUUUGGUCGACAUGUCAGCAACCCCCCUCUCACAAAGCUACCAAUGAAGUGUUUUCUGGAUUUCAAGUCAGGAGGGGCUCUAUGCCACAUCCUGGCUGCUGCCUACAAGUUCAAGAGUGACCAGGGAUGGCGCAGGUUUGACUUCCAGAAUCCGUCAAGGAUGGACCGAAAUGUGGAGAUGUUCAUGACGAUCGAGAAGUCGCUGGUGCAGAACAACUGCCUGACUAGACCGGUCAUCUACUUGAGCCCUGACAUAGAACCAAAACUUCUUGGAAAACUGAAAGACAUCAUCAAACGGCAUCAGGGUUCAGUUACUGAGGACAAGGCGUCCGGCUCUCAUGUUGUUGUUCCACUUCCUGCCAGCCUGGAAGAAGAGGAGUGGGUUCGUCCUGUAAUGAAGAGAGAUAAGCAAGUGCUGCUGCACUGGGGAUAUUUUCCUGACAGUUAUGACACCUGGAUUCCAGCCAGUGAGAUUGAGGCUGCUGUGGAGGAUCCUCCCAGUACGGAGAAGCCCAGAAAGGUCCAUGCAAAGUGGAUUUUAGACCUUGACCAGUACAAUGAGUGGAUGAAUGAGGAGGACUAUGAGGUCGGAGAGGGGUGCCCAAAGAGGAAGAGGAUCUCAGCUAAGACCCUAACAGAUGAGGUGACCACACCUGAUGAGCGCAGGGACAAAAAGCCUGGCAGUGCCAAGAAGAGGAAGCGCUCCCCGUCGCCCUCUCCCACCCCUCCCCCACAGGAGAGCAAGAAAAAAAACACCAAAAAAGGGCCAACAACACCAUACACCAAGUCUAAACGGGGACAGAGGGAGGAGGAGCAAGAAGAUCUAUCAAAGGACAUGGAUGAAGCAUCUCCAGUUCCUGCAUCUGAGGAGGGAAACCCAACAAAGACAAAUAACACCAAGAAGGACUCAGAUUCAACCCCCGUUAAGGGAGGAACAGAUAUGGACGAGCAAGAAGAUGAGUCAAUGGAAACAACAGGAAAGGAGGAGGAAGAAGGCUCUCCAAGUGUAAAGGGUGAACCAGUGAAAGGCUCAGACCUUCACGAGGACAACGUGACUGAGCAAACACACCACAUUAUUAUACCAAGUUAUGCUGCAUGGUUUGACUACAACAGUGUUCAUGCUAUUGAGCGCAGAGCUCUGCCAGAGUUUUUCAAUGGGAAGAACAAAUCCAAAACCCCUGAGAUUUACCUGGCAUAUAGGAACUUCAUGAUUGACACGUACCGACUGAACCCUCAGGAGUACCUGACGUCCACUGCCUGCCGCAGGAACCUGGCAGGGGAUGUGUGUGCAAUCAUGAGAGUCCAUGCUUUCCUGGAGCAGUGGGGAUUGAUCAACUACCAGGUGGACUCUGAGAGCCGGCCCACACCCAUGGGUCCCCCACCUACCUCUCAUUUCCAUGUUCUGGCAGAUACUCCAUCAAGCCUGGUUCCACUCCAGCCCAAGACCUCUCAGGUCCAGAUACAUUCAUUCACAACAAUCCUCCCAACAAUACACAGCAAUUUGGACACAUAUUUCCUGUUACUUAAUAUUCAACUUUCUGUUGUUGUGGACAUGCAGACUCCUGCUUCCCAGCAGAUGAUGUCCUUCCCAGACAAAGUGAAGGACAAGCCAGCUGACCUGCAAAACUUUGGUCUGCGAACAGACAUGUACAGCAAGAAGACUGGCUCUGCAAAGAGCAAGAGUGCAGCAAGCUCCAUGAGGGAGUGGACCGAGCAGGAAACACUACUACUACUUGAGGGCUUGGAGAUGUACAAGGAUGACUGGAACAAGGUGUCAGAACACGUGGGUAGCCGCACACAGGAUGAGUGCAUCCUUCAUUUCCUGCGGCUGCCCAUUGAAGACCCCUACCUGGAGGACACCUCCUCCUCCCUCGGCCCACUGGCCUAUCAGCCAGUACCUUUCAGCCAGGCAGGAAACCCUGUAAUGAGUACGGUGGCCUUCCUCGCCUCUGUAGUCGACCCACGUGUGGCCUCAGCUGCAGCUAAAUCUGCCCUGGAGGAGUUUUCUCGUAUGAAAGAGGAAGUUCCUGCAGCGCUUGUUGAGGCGCAUGUGCGACGGGUGGAGGAGGCGGCGAGGGUCAGCGGUCGACAGGAUCCUCUUUAUGGCCUGGAGGGAAGUGGCAUCGCUGGUACUGGCUUAGAGGAGGGAGAGAGACCAGAUGAAAGCACUGAUGAAACUAAGAGUGACAGUCAACCAGGCGAGGAGAAGAAAGAGGCAAAGGAUAACAAAGAGGGAGCGAAUGAGGAGGAGGAGAAACAGGCGGAGAAUGGGAAGAAGGAAGAAGAGAGGGGGAGAGAACCUGAGGGAGACAGGGAGACAGAGAAAACAGAGUCGGAGAUGGGUGAUGGGGAGAAGGAGAAGGAUGGAAAAGAGGGAACAGACGAAGGACAAAGAGAAGGAGAGAGUGACGGAGAAAGGAAGGCUAAGGUGGAACGUGAUGUUGGAGAGGGGAACCUGGCCACGGCGGCGGCAUCUGCUCUCGCUGCUGCUGCUGUCAAAGCCAAGCAUCUGGCUGCUGUGGAGGAGAGGAAGAUCAAAUCUCUGGUUGCUCUGCUGGUGGAGACCCAAAUGAAGAAGCUGGAGAUUAAACUGCGGCACUUUGAAGAACUGGAAACCAUCAUGGAUAGAGAGCGAGAGGCUUUGGAGUAUCAGCGUCAGCAGCUGUUGGCAGACCGUCAGUCUUUCCACAUGGAGCAGUUGAAGUAUGCUGAGAUGAGGGCCCGCCAGCAGCACUUCCAGCAGAUCCAGCACCAGCAGCACAGCCAGGCGGGAGGCCCCCACGCCAACCAGGCUACCUCGGGCCCCCCACCCCAGGCCGUGGCUGCGAAUCAGCAAGCUCCCAGUACACCAGCACCGCAGCCGGCCCCCAGCCCCGCUCCUCCAGCUUCCUCAGCCCCGGGCCCUGAGUCUCAGCCACCCUCAGGGGCCCACACCUCACCCCCGUGCCCCCCAGGCCAGGCCCCAGCUGCUCACUCCAGCUCCAGCACUACUUCUGUACUCCACGAGCCCACCGCCCCCCUCCCUGGGGAAACACUUCACCCCUCAGCUCCUGUUCCUCCUCCGCAGUGAGAUCAGAUCUUUGCCUGAGGAUCUGAAUGACUUUGACCACUUUGAAUCCUGCCUGUAUCAUCUGAAAUGAAGACAUAAAAAAAGCUGAAGGAAAAGAAGAACACAUUUUAACAUUUUCUGAUUUUUUUUUCCCAAUGGGACAAAUGAUGGUAGAAUGAAAAAAAAACAAAAAAAACUGUAACAUCGAUAUCAGACCAACUCUGCUUAGGUUCUCCGUUGAAAAACAAUUCCCUCUCAAAUUGGAUCGGCCAACGAACAGUAUUGAUUUCACACAGACGCCGCUCAUCCUGUGUGGUCGAUAGGACAGCGACAUGUCACUCUAUGAUUGGAACAUCAGAGAUCUGAUAAACUUCAGACGGUAUUAUCAAUAUGCUGGCACUCACGGAGGAGAAGAUGAGAAGAGACUCAACUUACAUUUUCAGUGUUUUGGAAAAUUGUUGCAUUGUUGUAUUUUCUGCAACAUUUUAUCACAGCUUGUGAAACCAUGUGGUUCAUAUUCUCUUCAGAGCUGCCUCCCCCCCUUAUAGGUACUAAUUAUGUAAGUAAAAAUGCACUUUUAAUAUGUUUCCCUAGGUCUCAUUGAAAGACUUGAAGCAUCCAUGAAAUUGAACUUAAGCACUUAUAUUGUCCUUUCGUUGUCUUAAAAACUUUUUCAUACUGAAGGUUUUGGAAACUUGAUCAGAGAUUGGAUUCGAUGUUCGUCUCUAUUGUGCUAUUACAUGGACAACGGUCACUCUACAGGGUCUGACCUGAAGGUCGCAUGUCUAAAACAAGAGAAAUGUCUGUAAUGAAUGAAAACAUUCAGAUCAGGAGCCAGUUUGAAAUUAAGUGGGUUGAAUGCAGUUUGAAAACAUGUACUGUAAACUGGAUUUGCUGUUACAAUAGUGUUACACUUUUUGUUGACCUGUAAUAAUAAUAUGGGAACUAUGUGAAAGUACUGACAGCAUAUGUAGGUGUGUGUAGAUGAGGUCAGACAUCAGAAAUAUCUUAAUGAUUUCCCCUUUUUCAACAGCACUUAGACAUCAACAUGUCAGUGAGGAGCUUUGCAGUGUUAGUUGGUGAGGAAUGUAGUUUUAUGAGCGAACAGAUCUGGGAAUAAUCAGAUCAAUCAUAUUUAUUCAUCAUCUGAAUUUGUGUUCAUUGCUAAACCAAAAUGUUUUUUAUAAUCAUGUUGCUCUUUAUGAGUUUUAUGGUGGUUGAAAUGAAGAGGAUUUUAGCAUUUUUUUUCUGGUGCAUUUCACGUUACAGAUGGAGGAAGUGUUAAAACAAGGGAGCUCGCACCUUAAACAGCUGACAAUGGAGAUUUGUGUCCUUAAUAUCUGCAACAGUAUCCUCACUUGUUAUCCUACCGAUUUUUAUAUUUUUUACUGUCUGUUUUUCCAUCUUAUUUCUUUGAUACAUUGUUAUUAUUAUAUAUGAUUACCUUUGUAGCCUAUAUUUACCCUCUGUUGUGUGUGUGUGAUUCUGACAGGUCUGUUUGAGACGUGACUGUGAGCAUGCCAUUAAUAUUUGUAAACCGUAUACCAUUCAGUUUUAUUUCCAGUGCCAUUUGUUGUGUGUCACAGAGGUUGAAGAACUAUAAAAAAAAAAACUUGCUUUGUUCUGCACACGGCACAUCACAUCAGUGUCAUGAAAUAUAACCCAGUCAGAUGGUGAAACUUUACAGUAAGCCAGUAUUGCAGCCGUCACCUCAGCUGUGAGCAGAAAUGGACUUUUUAUCUGUGUUAUUACUACAUUCUGUGGAUUUUGUGAUAUGAAAUAAGUGUCUGUUCAGUUUCUGUAUGUUUUUCACUAUGCUGAAGGUAGCAGCAAUUGCAUUGAUUAUUAUACAGUAGAAAUCGAUUUUUCCUCAAUAAAUCAUCACAUAGUGCUGACAGCUACUCUGGCAGUUUGUAUUUAAAAAAAAAAAAAAAACAGCUAAACAAAAGACGUUCAGGUUUUAAUUACAAAAUGUUGGGGAAAAAAUAAAGAUGUGACGAGGA